GUAGUCGAAUUACUUGGUGUUUUUCGAUUGUGUGAUUAUUGAAGUGUUUUGUUCAGAAUGCUUUGGUUUUUUUAUCGGAGCCGAUACAUGUGUCUGUGCUGCACAAGUUAGAUAUUUGACGGUUACGAGAUUCGUAUCGUAUUACACUUGAAAAAUUGAUUACUCGCAGAAUAUGCGAAACUGAGAAAGUCGAGAAUGAAACCGGAUGAGCAUACAUUCGUCGUUUGCACUCCUUGAAUUGAUUCAUUUUCCAGAUAUAUAAGUAACAAAGAUGUCUGUACAUUACAAAUUCAAAUCCACUUUGGAUUAUGAUACCGUGUCCUUUGACGGAUUACACAUUUCCGUGGCAGACUUGAAAAAAGCUAUUUUUCACCAAAAACGAAUCGGGAAGAAUACUGAUUUCGAUCUACAAAUAACGAAUGCGCAAACUAAAGAAGACUACACCGAUGAUAAUGCAUUGAUCGCGAAAAAUACUAGCCUCAUCGUUGCUAGAGUUCCAUUGACCGUCCAGCAGAAGCGAUCAUGGGACAGAAAUGAAACUCCUUCAUUUAGUAACUUGAAAGAUGAAUCUAAUUUAGGUAGAGCCGUGGACCUCACGAGGCUCGACGGUUCCGAGGAAGAUAAAAUUCGAGCGAUGAUGACUCAAUCUACGCAAGAUUAUGAUCCAUCGAAUUAUAUGAAAAUACGUGGAGCUAAUCAAACUGGCGAUGUACCUGCAAAUUAUCGUUGUUACAAAUGCCAUCAGCCUGGACACUGGAUCAAGAACUGUCCGCUUGGAUCGAAUCAGGAACCGAUAGAAAUUAAGAAAAGUACUGGUAUCCCUAGAAGUUUCAUGGUUCCAGUCGAGGGACCAAGAGUUCCGGGUGCUAUGAUGACACCAACGGGUCAAUACGCUGUACCAGCCAUUGAUCAUCAAGCUUACAAGGAAGGUAAAAAGGAGCGUCCGCCGUUUUCUCAAGAUCCAGAACCCAUCGUGGAAAAGCCUGAAAUCCCAGAGGAUUUGCUGUGCAAUAUUUGCAAAGAUCUUUUGACGGAUGCAGUAAUGAUACCAUGUUGCGGCAAUUCGUUCUGCGAUGAAUGUAUUCGUACAUUCUUAUUGGAAUCUGAAGAACACGAAUGUCCAGAUUGCAACGAAAAGGACGUUUCUCCGGAGACUCUUAUUCCAAAUCGAUUUCUGCGAAACGCCGUGAUGAAUUUUAAAAAUGAGACUGGAUACGCUAAGAGACAAACAUACAGGCAGCCUUCGCAAUCGAGCAGACACCCUGCCCCAACGUCAGAACAGCAGAAGCCGACUGACCAAACAACAGCGCAAGCCUCGAACCAAAGUAAAGCAGCUCAACCCUCAAAUACAAAUAAUACGCCCUCUCAAGAAUAUACAGAACCGCAAGCGACAAAUUUCGAAUCGGGUCCAGCUAGAUCUACACAACCACAAACAAUUGUUCCUGAAACGACACCGGAGUCUGAUUUGCAAAGUGAUACUGUAACGAAAUUACCGACGGACGAGGAAACGGAGGUUCCGCCGCCUCCGGGUACAGAACCUUUACUCCCGAUACCUGCGAUUGGCAGCUCACCAGAAAAAGAUAAGGAGAGGAGCGAUCCUCCUAGUCGUGAGAAGAAAGAACGCGAGAACGAUUAUCCAGGGGACAGACAGUCCAGAGAACGUAGACGAAGUUUUAGCAGAGACGGUCACCGCGAUAGAAGUGGAGAGCGUGGUCGUAGGAUAGAAACUUUACGACCAGUGAAUCGUAGACGAUCAUUAUCUCCGAGACACUCGCAACACAAUGACUACGGUUCUUUGCCACACAUGAUGAAUCCGCCACCAAAAAAUUAUCAAGGCAUGCCGCCUGACGAUGUACAUUAUCCACCCAACAUGCAUUACGACAAUGCAAUACGCAGAUCAACCGAAGAUCGUCCAGGCACUCCAACGGUGGAUGAACCACAUUUACAUGUACCGUCUUCUGGAAAUCAGCCACCGCUAUUACCUUUCCCACCGGGGGAAGAUCGCAUGCCGCAACCGAGCUACAAUCAACCUCCACCUAACGUGCCGCAUAAUCCACCUUUGCUACCGGAUCCAUACAUGAGUCAUCGGAUACCUUUGUAUCCUCACCAACAAGGUUCUCACUACGGGCCUCCACGAUACGAGAGGCCUCCUUAUCAACAGCAAGGAUACAGGCCGUCUCAACCACCUCGCAAUUACAAUGGACCACCGAGACCAAUGAGAGGAUUACAUCAUCUGGGCUAUAGAGGAAUGCAGCCACCACCGCCAGGGUUGGGAAGAAACAUUCAUAAUGGGAAUCCACCUGGCAUAAUCGAUGAUCCAUUGGAAGCAUUCGAACGGAUGCUGAGGGAAAAAGACGAGCGAGACAGGAGACUUGGGAAACACAGAAGAAGGAGUAGAACACGUUCGAGGUCUCGUAGUUAUACAAGAUCUAGGUCACGUUCGUUCGGUCAUAGAUCGCCGUUCCCUCCUCGAUUGAGUCGAUCUAGAAGCCCUCCCUCGAAGAGAAGAUCCUCGAGGUCGCCUCUACCUCUCAGAGGCCGCAGCCGUACCCCAAAGCGUCGGUCAAGGAGCGGAAGCUUCUCGAUCAGCAGAUCUAGAUCCUACUCGCGCAGUCAGUCCCCUAGAUUAUCCCUGUCCCGAGACAGGGACAGGGAUCGAGAUCGUGAUCGCGACCGAGAUCGUGAUCGUGAUCGCGACCGCGAUCGUGACCGUGAUCGUGAUCGUGAACGGGAGCGGGAACGCGAGCGUGAACGUGAACGGGAGCGUGAGCGCGACCGCGAACGUGAUCGUGAACGCGAUCGGGAACGCGAUCGUGAACGUGACAGAGAAUUGCUUCCCAGAUACAGAUCACCGGCUAGAUCGCCUCCGAGGUUUCAAAGAGAGAGGGACAGAGAUCGGCAGAGAUCUCGCGAGCCCAGAGAAGGGUAUAACAGUUACUAUAACGAUUCGCCGGCGCACGAUUAUCAGUUCAGAGAUCGUGAGAGGGAUUUACCUCCUCGGGACAGGCCGGUCCCGAGAUAUCCAGUAAGGAACCAGCCAGCUCAGCAUAAUAUACCACCGUUGUUGCCGCAUCUAGUCGCUGGAAGUCAUCCGCCGCCGCUUAUGUCCUUGGGACCUCCAGCAACGGACAGGAAAGACUAUUAUGAUUCCUACAACAGGUAUCCUGGACCGUCUAGUCAGCGUUAUGGUAGCCCGUUGCGAGACGCUCCUCAUAAGAGAUUCGACGACGUGGCACCUCCUGGAACGGAGGGCUACUACGACCUCUCGCCACCGGGAGUCGAGCUCCCCGAUAGACCCCUACGCGACGAUCGCGAUCGUCGUCCACUGAGAGAUCAAGAAGAUCGCGAACAUUCGGUCAAGGAUCAUGAUACUGACGACCGAGACAGGAUAUCUGUUAGAGACGAUAGCGAUUAUUUGCUUAGGGGACGCGAACGCGAUGAUCGUUUGCGUGAGAGAGACGAGAGGGACAGAAGAAUUCUGAACAGGGACCGCGAGGAUCGUGAGAGGCAAGGGUUGCCCAGAGACCACGAUGACAGAGUACGGGAAAAGGAUGACCGUGACAGAAGAGAGAAGGAGAAGGAAAGGGAUGAUAGACAUGGCCGAGAUCGACGAGAAGACGACAGACAUUUGGACAAAAAGGAUUAUGACAAGGAUCGUUACAGGGAUGACAGAGAUCGUCACAGACAAGAAGACAAGAACCGUUCUCGCGAGAAAGACAGACGUGAACGCGAUUACGAAUCCGAGAAAGACAGGGACCGGCACGAGCGUUACGAGAGACGUUCUGUAGAACGAAAGAAGAGCAGGAAGAGUCCUACCCCUUAUUCGCAAAAGUCUAGGACAGAUACGAAAGACGCGUCGCCGGAGCGUACAAAGAAGAAGGAGAAGGAUCAUGAGGACAAGAGCGAGGAGAAAAAGAAAGAGAAGAAGAUCAAAGAGAAGAAAAAGAAGAAGGAUGAUGAAAAAGAGAAAAAGAAAAAGAAGAAAAAAGAGAAGAAGUCUGGGCAGAAGGAGAUCGCUAAGGAGGAGCCUGUCAAAACGACUGAGCACGAAGAAUUGAUAACUGAGAACAAGCAAGAGAGCAUGUCACCGACGAAAACCGAUGUGAUGAAAUCUGGGAACGAAGAUGAACAUUCUAUCGAGAGUAGAAUAGUUUGUAUGCCUGCUGAGAGUACAAUGGAGGAAUCUAUGAAAGAGGAGUUCGAAGAUAAAUCGUUAGCUAUGAACCCGGAGCCUCCGGAAUUCUGUGAGGCCAGUCCAGAAAGAAUCGAUCACACAGAAUUCGGUACGAAUCCGCCUAAUCCUAACUUCAAGCCGAUUCCUGAACUGAAGUCGGAGAUCAAACCCAUCGACAGCCUGUACAGCGGUUUGGACGAUGCAGAAAUAAAUACUGUACUUACAGAAAAGUAUUCUCUGCUCUCCGAGCACGAGACCGAGGAUAAACCUCCCGUUUUAGAAGAGAAAUCUCCGAAGAAGGACGAAUUCUUAGCGCCGAUGCCCGAGCUCUCGAAAUGGGAAAGGGACGACACCACCGAGAAGCCGGAGGACGUUUGCGAAUCUCCUGUCGAGAAGAUACAAACGGACGAGCCGAAAUCGACGAAAGUAGUCACGUCGGAAGUACUGAAAAGGGCCGAGAACGCAAUUUUCCAGAAAGCGAUCAACGCCAUCAGACCCAUCGAGAUUAAGAAGAUAAGCGAGAGCAGGAAGGUGCUGUAUCAAAACCCGGAGCCCAAAGUGCUUGAAACUGAACCGAACAGAGAACCGAGAAAGAGCGUGAACGUUACUAUAAGUGUUGGAAGGAACGAGAGGAACGUGGAGAUCACGGAACCAGCCGUCAAGAAAGCUAAAUUAGAUCGUACGAAGUUCAAGCCAGUCCCGGAGACGUUCUCGCCCACGAGAGUGCCCGCGAAGGAGAGAUUAGGUGAGAAAGUGGAGGAGACUAAAGAGAGGAAGAUCAGUCCUCUUAAGAGCUUUUUGGAUAGACGCGAAAUGAAAACCGAUAAUCAGUCUAGAAGUCGGUCUCCUAGGAGCAACAGAGAAAAGAGGAUUUCUCCGUUAUUGGAUAGACGCGUCGAUUCUUCGUUAAGCAUGCCGGGUAACGAUCGAAGAGUGUUUUUGGAUGAGAGAAAACGGGAUAACAAAGAUCGAGGUGAUCGUUCGAAGGAGAGGAACGAGUUUAGAAACGAGCGACACGACAUGAGAUCCGAAAGGGAUCCAAGAGUUGAAUCUCGAGCAGAUUUCAGAUCGCGCAACGAUUCCAAAGGGGAAAGGAUGGACAAAGACAGAGAGAAAGAUAGGGACAGGGAGAGGAGAGGAAGAACGCCGAGCACAUUCAAGAGAAAUGAAAUGCCGAAGGUAGGCUUGUUGAAAGGGCGAGAAGAUGAGGACGACAGGCGCAAGGAUAAGAAAACGAAGGAAGACAGGAAGAGAAAGAAAGAGCAUCGAAGUAGAAGUAAAUCGAAGGAGCACAGGAAGCGGAAAGAGAAGAAGCAUAAAAAGGAUAAGGAAAAGAAUUUGGAGAAGAAACAGAAGCACAAGGAGAAUGUCGCUUUGAAGGAGAAAGCUGAGAACAAUGAAACUAAGAUCGGUUAUGAGAAUCCGGAACCUAUGGUCACGGAAACUGUUAAAAAACAGAGGAAGAACCCGAGGCUGGUGUCCGACCGUAAACGCAGCAUGCUCGACGAAGCUAGUUUCGAGCCAGAUUACAGCGCUUCAGAUUCGGAAUCGGACGGUGAGGAGAAAGUGUUACCUAUGCCACCGAAGAAACUGAAAUUAGAUGAACCUGAUAUGGAGAAGGAAAUGGAUAUUAAAGCUCUUAAGAAGCGAUCGAAGUCAACGACCAGCGAAGAUACGUCCAGCAGCUCGGACAGUUCGACCACCGAUACCGAUAGCUCGGACGAGUCGCAUAAGAAAAAGAAGAAAAAACACAAAAAGCACAAGAAAAAGAAGUCUGCGAAGAAGGAGAGCAGCACCGAUACGGAUUCUUAUUCGGAUUCGUCAGACACGAGCAGCGACGAGGAGAAACACAAGAAGAAAUCGAAAAAGUCCAAGAGUAAGAACAAACAGUCGAAAAAGAAGAAGAAAUCAAAGCACAAAUGACAUCACUAGAUGUCUUUUGAACGUUCUAAAAAGUGAAAUACCGAAAUAGUCACUUUACUUUGUGAAUGCUUUUUCACAUAAGAUUCUAUAUCGGAAUUAUUUACAAUAAUUGUAUCCAUCAAACUGAGAUUGUUAUCUAAUAUCUAUGGAACGGCGUAGAUGAUUUAUAUUCUAUAUUCACGAUACUAUAACAGUGUUCAAAGUUCGUUUAAACAGACGUUAGUGGUUCCACGAUCUUAGCGUCCGAUAAUUCAUUUGGGUACAGAGAAAAUUUCAAGAAAUAAUGAAUGGGUAAAACACGAAGCAUGACAUUUAUCUCGUUAUAAUUAAUUUUUAAAUGUUAUUAAGGCCUUUACAUGAUUCUCCAUGUUCCGAUUCCACCUAUAAAAAUGCUGUAAGUAAAUUCAUUACAAUAAGUGAUGUACAUUAUAGCAUCCAGUAGAUAAUAUCUUUAAGAACUCUAGUACGAUACUUAUAGAGAAAGUACGACAGCAAUUACGUUUAAGAUCUCCAAUAUCUCAAUAUUAUAUUGUACUUUCGUAAUGUAAUGUCAAUAUGUAAAAGACAUGAUCAAAUAAAGAAACCAAAUUCUUUUAA